CUCGGGCUCAAGGAGGAGCUCCGUCUCCCCUUAAUCACGGACAGGCCCCGAUUAGAAAGAAGUCGGAAGACCGUCCUGUUCGGGGCCACCAAUCCCCGGCCCUGCGGGAACUUACCUCCAUGGCAGGCAGCGGGCAAAGGCAGCCUGCAGCCCUGCAGCCUGCUGGCUGCGAUUCAGGAAUGUUACUCGCCUGCUCGGGCGCUAUUGACUUCCGAGGGGCCAUUUACUUUUCAGCGAGACCGAAUCAGUAGUGAAUCCGGCGGGGGCGAGUUCCAUCGAUGGCGACGCAAUCUGGCCUUCCCAGCGGCCUGGUAUGGUAUGGUAUGGCAUGGCAUGGCAUGGCAUAGCAUAGCAUGGCAUGGCAUGCGACGGUGGAUUGCAGGAUUGUGAGGACAAUCCGUGACAGGGGAAGUCAGGCCGGGUUUGAUGGAGUUCGCCGGUGUCGUCGUCAAACAGGAGUCGCUGGGUCGGAUAGCGACCACACGGCUCCAACGCUGGGCCAGUCAAAACCUGUGCUCGCCCAGGCCAGCCCAGCCCGGGUCGGGACGGGACGGGCCGGGCCGGGCCGGGGCACUCGGACUUAGGCUGCAAGUAACAAGGCCGAGGCCGUUUCUGAAGAGGGAGAGGAGCGGGGUUCUCUCGGGCAUUGCCGUGCGCGGCCCCCUGGUCGCAUUUUGCUCCGCGCGUCCGAACGCCGCUGCCGGUCGGCGACGAUGGCUCGGGGAUCUGCUCUCCCCGUUCGCAGGCGCCGGGCCUCUGAGCUCGCCGGAGGGAGGCAGGCGACCACGACUUCGUGCCAGGCAGCAGCGGCGAUGGCCGACGAGUCUGUGCCGGAGACUGUUUGGGGUUUUCAUGUUUGGGCUUGGGGCUGGGGUCGACGAGAGUGAACCAUGCACAGCGAAGAUGUGAUUGCGACACAGGGAACUGCAAGAAGCUGAAAAGUCACCAUUUCUCAGCAUGAUGGAGCAUUCGUUAUCAAAGACUGACCCGUGUAGAUAUGAGACCAAUGAAACAGUGUCCUUUGAACUUAUCGGCUAAGUCAUGCUUCCUAUGCCUGCACACACGCCAAACAAGUUUCGGGGUCGAUCGGUUGUCCUUCACAUUUGGGUGUCUAGUUUACCUGCCCAGAGUGUAGAUUUUUCACACUGACACAUCAUAUGUAGAUGAACCUAAUUUUUGUCCCAUUUGGGAUUCAGAAGUUUCAUCCAAUUCUUUCUUGCAAAGCGCCAUGAUGCUCUUCGAAGGUUUAUCUAGCUAAGAAGGACGGUCGUUUGCUGCUCCCGUAGCCUUUGGAUUGUUAUGCGUUUGAGAAUAAAGAGGACUGAAUGAGAUCCGAAUUCUCUACCAACUUUCCUGUGAACUAUAGGAUUCCCAUCGACACAAAUCAAGCAGUUUCUUUCAUAUCUUUCGUUCGUAAUAUUUAAGUACUUUGACUGAGAAGUCUCAAGUUAGUAACUAG